CUAAAUUAUUAGCACCAACGCCAACUACUUUCAAAUUGGCGGGAAAUUUUUCGCUCUAAUCUCGCCUUUUUUCAUUGAAUUUCUAAAUUUCCGUGAGUGUUUAGUGUUAUUAAAUCCGAGAAAAUGUUAUCCACUACAAUCCAACCUAACCUCAAAGACGACUCAAACAAGGAAAACGUCUCCGAUAACCCCUUAAACAUCGGAGAUACCUGCCGUGACCCAAAAACCAGCGGUUUACCCCUCGAACAAGAACACGAAGAAUACCAAUACUUGAACCACAUCAAAUUAAUCAUCGACAAGGGGGUUAAAAAAAGCGACCGAACUGGUGUUGGCACAUUUUCGAUUUUUGGGGCCCAAAUGCGCUAUUCUUUACGCGACAACACCUUCCCCUUAUUGACCACGAAACGUGUUUUCUGGCGCGGCGUCGUCGAAGAGUUGCUUUGGUUCAUAAAAGGCUCAACAAACGCGAAUGAAUUGAAAGAGAAAAAUGUCCAUAUUUGGGAUGCUAACAGUACGCGAGAAUUCCUCGAUUCAGUGGGGCUCAAUGAGCGGGAAGAGGGCGAUUUGGGGCCGGUUUAUGGCUUCCAGUGGCGCCACUUCGGGGCUGAAUACAAAGGAAUGAGAGCUGAUUACACCAAUCAAGGAAUUGACCAAUUGGCUCAUGUUAUCAACACGAUUCGAAAUAAACCCAAUGAUAGGAGGAUUAUAAUGUGUGCGUGGAACCCUGUGGAUAUCCCCGAGAUGGCCCUCCCGCCGUGUCACUGUCUUGUGCAGUUUUUUGUCGCAAAUGGGGAAUUGUCGUGUUUGUUGUACCAAAGAUCGGCUGAUAUGGGGCUUGGGGUACCUUUCAAUAUCGCAAGUUACUCGCUAUUGACUUACAUGAUUGCACAUGUCACCGGAUUAAAGCCCGGGGAAUUCAUCCACACUUUGGGGGACAGUCACGUCUACUUGAAUCACGUCGAGCCGUUACAAGAACAACUCAAAAGGACCCCAAAACCGUUCCCGAGUUUAAAAAUCAAGAGACAGGUUUUGAGUAUUGAGGAUUUUGUUUUUGAUGAUUUUGAGUUAAGUGGUUAUGAACCACACCCGAAAUUGAGUAUGCCGAUGGCUGUUUGAGGUAAAAGAGUUUUUUUUUUUGUAAAUAAAACAUUUAUUGAAACUAUUCUCGCA